AUCUUAACUUUAACUAAAUACCGAAAAUACCCUCGGCAGCUGAAAUUGGCCGCCACCCUCAGUCAGCUGUCACCAUAGCUGAAUUUCCACCUCCAUUUCUACCCAAGAUAUUGCCUUUUCUUCAUCUUUACAAACACCAUAGCUGAGUAUAUCCACAUGAAACUUCCAAAAUGAUAAUCACAAAACAAAUAUCAAAAAUCUCACAAUUUUUUCAAGCUUUUCAAGAACCCUUUAAUACCAAAAAUCUCUUCUUUAUCAAGCACUUUUCAUCAACAAUUCCUUGUCCAAUUGACUCAAAUACACAAGAUUUAGACACCCAAUUGAGGUCUCUUUGUGAAAAGCCAAAUCCUCAAUAUGCAAAUGCAGUUUCACUACUUAACCAUUUUCUUGAUGAUUUAGGUCAAACACCAUCUGAGUCAACUUUCAAUUUUCUUGUUGUAACUUUGGCAAAGAGUAAGGAGUACAAUCUUGGAUUAAGGGUGUACCAUAAAAUGAGGAAAGUUGAAAUCUUGCCCAGGUUUUUAUCAUUAGCUGCUUUGAUUGAAUGUUAUGUGUAUGUUCAUAAGCCUAAAUUAGCUAUAGGGGUAUUGGGGUUGAUGUUAAAGAAUGGUUAUAAGGUUAAUGUGUAUGUUGUUAAUGUUAUAUUGAAGGGUUUAUGUGAAAAUGGGAUGGUUGUUGAUGCUAUUAAGUUUUUUUGGGGUUUGGAUAUGAAAGAGGUAAUGCCUGAUAUAGUUAGUUUAAAUACCCUUGUGAGAGGACUUUGUAGAGAUAAGAAAGUACAAGAGGCUUUGGAUUUGAGGUUUAGUAUGGAGAAGGUGGUGAAUUUUGCUCCAAAUUCGUAUACGUAUGCCAUUUUGAUGGAGGGUCUUUGUUCGGAGGGUAGGUUGGAUGACGCGUUUGGGUUGUUGGAGGAGAUGAGAGAAAAAGGUUUGGAAGAGGAUGUUGUUGUGUAUAGUACAUUAAUAAAUGGGCUUUGUAACAAAGGGUAUGUUAGUAGAGGGAAAGAACUUUUGAAUGAGAUGUUGGAGAAAGGAAUUUCUCCGAAUGUAGUUACUUAUUCUUGUUUAAUGUAUCGAUUUUGUGAGCAGGGAAAAUUGAAAGAAACAACUAUGUUGUAUGAUGAUAUGUUGGAACGUGGGAUUCAGCCUGACAUUGUUACUUUCACGGGCAUGAUUGGUGGCCUCGGUAAUAAUGGGAUGGCUAAGAAAGCGAUGGAAUUGUUCAAUUUGAUGAUAAGCCGGGGCGAGAAACCUGGAAACAUAACUUACAAUAUUCUUUUAAGUGCACUUUGCAAGGAAAGAUUAUCGGAUGAUGCUUUUCAAAUUUUAAAAUUGAUGGUGGAGAAAGGCAAGACACCUGACGUGAUCACUUACAAUACAAUAGUAAAAGGACUUUGUGAAAGUGGGAAAGUUGAAGAUGCCAUGACACUUUUUGAUUCGAUGUUGGGUGAUGAGGCUUAUGUUUUGCCUGAUGUUAUAACAACGAUUGUACUGAUUCGUGGGCUUUGCCAAGAAGGCUACCUUGAUAAGGCUGGGGAAAUUCAUAACAAGAUGGUCGAGAAAAAGUCUUUAGUUGAUAUUGGAACCUUUACUGUACUUAUUGGAGCUUAUAUAAAGGCUGGCGAAGUUGUCAAAGCAUUUGAACUUUGGAAGCAGCUAAAUCAACUGAAUCUUAUUCCAGAUUCAAUAACCUAUAGCACCAUAAUUGAUGGAUUUUGCAAGCUGAGUGUGCUCAAUAUAGCGAAAGGUUUGUUUCUCGGAUUUAGAAAGAAGGGAUACCAUCCAACUGCUUUUGAUUACAACAGCUUGAUGGAUGCCUUAUGCAAAGAGGGUAGCUUGGAGCAAGCAAGGAGGUUGUUUCAAGAGAUGUUAGAUGGAAAUUGUGAACCAAAUGUAAUCUCAUACAACAUUAUCAUUGGUUCAACUCUUGCAGCAAAAGAUUUGCAGUCUGCUAAGGAGCUGCUUAUUGAUAUGCCCCAGAAGGGUUUGAAACAAGAUGCUUUCACUUUCUCCAUAUUAAUAAACAGAUUUUCGAAGCUAGGAUUGAUGGACGAGGCGAAAAAACUAUAUGAGAGAAUGAAUGCAUCGGGCUUGACACCAGACGUUUCUGUGUAUGAUUGUUUACUCAAGGGCUUUAGUUUGCAUGGUGAAACAGCAGAAAUUAUUGAUUUGCUUCGCAAAAUGGCUGCUAAGGGCAUUGAGCUAGACCUCAGACUUACUUCCACCAUCUUGGAAUGUCUUUGUAAUAUUUCCGAGGAUAUUAAUGUGGAGGAACUGUUGCCAAACUUUUCGCAGAAAAAAUCAGAAGGAUUUAGCAUUCCCUGCAGUGAAUUGUUGACGAUGCUUCAGAAGAGUCUCCCCAAGCUUCAGUCUGAUUCCGCUUUGUAGUACAAUCUCACAUGCUUCUUUCUGGCAGCCGUUGAGGGAGCUUUCUUUUCUACAUAGCCAUGUAGGUAAAGCUGCACACACAGAGACGGAGACGGAGAGGUAGAGAUUUUGAAUUUCUUUGAAUGUGAGAGGGGAGAAAGAAAUAUCUGGUUCUUGCGGAGGUAGCUGAAAUCGUGGAAGAAGACAACGAUUCAUCAUUAGUGUUGGGGUCAGGCAAAACCUGCCAACGCCCAUUGGCUUACGUAAAUAAAUUAAAAAAAAAUCGUCUUCUGUCCAAACUGCCUAGUGCUUUCAGUGAAUCAGUUCUUGUUGCAUCAAUUAUUUCAAGUAUUCAAUGCUUUUCUACUUUGCUAAUGACUUUCUUCUGUCUUUUAUUCUUUUGUGGUUCUCCUCUGUUAGGAACGUUGUUCCAUGUUUCGGAGAAUCUUGAUUUGAACCUUUCUAGAGGUGAGUAUGACUGCGGCUGUGAACGAUGUUCGCGACAGACUUGCUGAGUUCUCCCUCCUGCUAAUUACAAAAUUCCAUUUCGUCGGCCUACUGGAAAAGAUGUCAUUUGGCAUGCAACUGUUAAUACUACACUGCACAGGGGGUGCUCUAUUCUGGAAGUUUAAACCAAAAGGUUUGGGUGAUCCUCCGUGGUACUGCUCCACCGAUUGAGUCAUCAAGAGGUCACACGACACGCUUGAAAUGGAAUGCACGAGUUGUAUAGAGAUCGGAAGUAGCACUACUUCUCCAGAAACCAUUCUCUAAAGACAACGAUGCUAAAAAUUGGCACGGAUUUCAUGGUUUGCAGACGAUCGACGUACUUUGGUCGAUCCUAUGGUUGCGGUAAGGUGUGCAUUAAGGCCAUGUAAAGUACACCAUUUGAAGAUCAUGACAAUCAAGAAAAUGAUAGGGCUAUAAGUUUUGGUUUAGUGUAUGUUAUUUAAAUUCUGAACUGUAUUUUUAGAACAAGUACAAUGCUACACUAUUAACUGAUUCUUGUUCAUUUGAUUAGGUCUUAAUAUGGGGUAACAAUGAGAAAAUUUUCACUGUAA